AUGCAGGCGUUCGUGCUACCUGUGGCUGCUCCUGCCACCACUGGGCAGGCAUGGCGGGCCGAGGCCACGCUGCCUCGAUCUGGCCUGGGUCCCACGGCUCGCGCCAGCUCUCCUGAACUCCCUGCUUCAAGCUCUCUGCCGAUGUCGCGAGCUCUCAUAGCCACUGCGGCUGUUGCAGCUUCGUGCAGAGGGCGUCGAGGCGUUGCACGUCGCGCGGCGGCAGCAACAGACUUGGACCUCGACAUCAUUCAGAAGAAGAAGGUCGGAAAGAAGGCGGAGGAGGAGGAAGAAACCGAGACCUCCAAGGACAGUUGGGUGGUCUUAGUGCACGCGCCCAUCCGGAAUUGCAAGAUGCCGUGGUGUAAGAUUCCUGGACUUCGACGAGUCAUCUGCACAUGCCUGAAGGAUGGCGUGCAGCCCGGCUCCGGGAUUCGAUCGAAGGACGGGAAGUGCGCCUUGACGCUGGAGCAGUACGCUGAGGUGCUGUCAGAGGGUGUCCCUUUGCUGACCCGCGGCAAAGCCUACGAAGUCUCGAGCCGCCUCUUCGCAAGCGCCAUGGCAAAUCCAGUCGGAACAGCUGUGGUCAUCAACUCCUUCAAGAAGGCAGCCGAAGACUACCACCAACGAUUGACAAACCUGGGACUGUGGACUUCCAUAGCGCCGGUGGAUCGAGAUUAG